AAAACAUCCUUACAAAACAUCCUUAUUCCUUACUCCUUACUCCAACAAAAAAGUAAUUCACGCGGCUUACGCGGGGCUGACGACAACCAAGGUUCGGUUCCCGCAUAGGCUGAGCUUCCAUUGGUCCGAACAACUCACCGAUUCUCCCCUUUUAUUUUAUUUAUUUAUUUAUUUAUUUAUGCCUCCGUAUUAUUUCUAUCAUUACUCCGUAUUUAUCCUUCCUUCCGAAAGAAAAUUCCGGAAUAAAACUUAAUUAAGCAACAUAUACUCCGUAUAUAAAUAUAUACGAAUAUAUAUUUCUUGUGUAGUUUUUUUUUUAAAAUUUGCAGAGCUCCAGAAAUUUAAUCGAUCAACGGAUCCGCGAUGGCUUCUCCCGCUGAGUACUACAAAUCUCUUCCACCAAUCAGCAAAGCUUAUGGCACUGCUUGUUUGGCUGUUACAGUUGCAUAUGCAUUGGGGGUAGUCGAUCCGGUAAACAUUGCAUUGUUGCAUGAGCUUGUAUUCUAUCGUUUUCAGGUGUGGAGAUUAAUAACGAAUUUCUUUUUCCUCGGAAAGUUUUCCAUCAAUUUUGGGAUUCGCCUCUUAAUGAUAGCUAGAUAUGGUGUGCAACUGGAGAGUGGGCCCUUUCAAAGACGCACAGCUGAUUUCCUAUGGAUGAUGAUAUUUGGAGCCUUAUCAUUGUUGGUUUUAUCAUCGAUUCCUUACUUCUGGAGCCCUUUCCUGGGAAUAUCACUUGUCUUCAUGCUUCUAUAUGUCUGGAGUAGGGAAUUCCCAAAUGCCAAUAUCAAUAUAUAUGGCCUUGUGACUUUGAAGGCAUUUUAUCUCCCUUGGGCUAUGCUUGGUUUAGACGUGAUCUUUGGAUCACCAAUAAUGCCAGAUCUCUUGGGUAUCAUUGCUGGACAUCUGUACUACUUCCUAACAGUGUUGCAUCCACUUGCCACUGGGAAGACCCUCCUGAAAACACCAACUUUGAUACACAAAUUGGUAGCAAGAUGGAGAAUUGGUGGCGCAUUAACAAAUCGAGCAGAACCUGAGAGGAGUUCAGGCGGAGCAUUCCGAGGGAGAUCUUACCGUCUUAGCGGAUGAAAAAUACUAUGUUCCUCUUGUUGGAGUGGAAAGCAUGUAACUGAAUGUAGAUGAUGAUUUGGCGAUGUCCUCCUAUAUAUGUCGAAUGUGAUGCUGACACCUAGUCUAGACAGGACUGGAGCUUGCUGUAACUGGAGAGAUUUUGUUCUUUCACGCCGAUUGCAAUUUACUCUUCUGAACAUUGUGGAACAUUUAACUAAGUUUCAGUUUCUUGUCAGUAGAAACUGUAAUGAUCAUUCAUGUGUACUGCUGCAUAGUUCUGGCUGCCCCAUUGCAGAAAUAGUGAAGUAACUUGGGUGCGGUAGGAAAGAUGAAGAGGACUCACAUGUUUGUUCUAUUUCUCUUUUGGUUUCUCUCAAACUGUUUCCCCUAAAUAUUGUCCACUUUUCUAAUUCAUACUUUAUACGUCACACAUUUUUACCUUUUUAAUUCAUAAUUGACCAAUCUCUCUAGCUUUUUUAAAUGAAUCCACGCAUCUGGCAA